AUGUCCCCAGGCACCUCUGGUGCUAGCUCACCAAGAUCACAAACAGGCCCGAUGGAUGACUUUCUAACAACCACGGACAGCCAGCGGGGACUGCGGCACAUAGACAAAAUGGCACCUACAUCUCCAGAUGCCAACAGUGCCGCAGACUCUGCCCAAGGCCUGAUGAAAGAUGCAGCCCUGGCUCAGAUAUCCACAGAACUGGCAGCCAUAUCGGCAAACAUGUUCACCCGCAGCGAUAGGCGAGACAUGAUCACAGAGCUCCGGGCGGUCGUGAGAGAAGAAAUCCAGGGAGUCCACAGAGACCUUGCCACCCUGGAACACAGAGUUGAAGAAAUGGAGGCUGAAAGCCAACACACAACCCUACACCAGCAGAAAGCUGUGCUGGCCACCACACGGCAGGGAUCAAUGAUCAUGGAGCUGAGACACCAAGUUGAAGACCUCGACAACCGCAGCACGUGGAACAACGUGCGGAUCCAAGUCCUGCCGAAGUCAGAGGCCGAGUCCCUGCAGGAGGUACUCACUGGCCUAUUCACCCAGCUAUUGUGGGGGGGCAGCUCCAGCUGGCUUUGA